AUGCAGAAGAUUCUAAACAAAUUGGGGGGGGAAAUGUAUUUCUGGAUUGGUCUGACUGACUCAGAGAAGGAAGGGAUCUGGAAAUGGGUGGAUGGAACAACACCAACCACAACACAGUGAGUGAAAUGCAGAGUAACAUAUCAAUUACAAUGCAGCAGGCACAGUAACCAAUAAUCACUAGUUUUUCCUCCUGGGUUGACUGUUAACUGAACUGGUUGGUUCUUAGAUUCUGGAGAGAAGGAGAGCCAAAUAAUGCCCAGGGGGGUGAGAACUGUGCAGUCUUCAACAGCUUCAGCGAUAACCUGGGAAAUAUACAAUCAUGGAAUGACCAGCCUUGCUCAUUGCUUAUCCAUUGGGUAUGCAACUACACACUACACUCCUCCUAAUAGGCCUACACAUCAUGAUGGCAUCUGCCCACAGGAGAAAUACUGAAUUCCAAAAACUAAGCAGUGCAUCUCCUACAAGUUGAUGCUGACAAGGCCUGCCAGGAAAACGGAUGACCCAUAACACAUGUAAAAAAGGCCCACUAAUUAGCUAACGAUUAAAAUUAAUGAAAGUUAAAAUUGAAUCUACGUCAGACGUUAAUUCUUAAAGUCGGCUGUUUUGGCAUGUGUUUUGGAUAAUCUGAAUACCCUUGUCACGGUUUCGGCCGAGGCUGCCUCUCUCCCUUGUUCGGGCAGGUUUCGGCGUUCGUCGUCUCCGGAAUUCUAGCUGCCACCGCUGUAUGUUUCAUGUUCGUUUGCUUUUGUCUGUUUGUUUCCACACCUGUUUCUGUUUUGGCGUAAUUAGUGUCCUAUAAGUUUCUCGUUGUGUUUGUCUAGUGUUGUGUGUAAUUAUUUUCCGUCAGUUGUGUGUAUUGCUCGGUUGAGCUUCUCUCCACUACUCUGGAGUAUUAUCGCACCUGUUUGUGCGCGGUUACAUUUUGUCGCACCUGUUUGUGCGCGGUUACAUUUUGUCGCACCUGUUUGUGCGCUGUUUCUUUUCGCCGUUGUGCGUAAUUUUCGCCUUCGGGCCAAGUUGUCCUUUUUGCCUAUGUAUGGGCAGUAAUACAAGAGAUUGGAAUAUCGUUCUGAGUCCUGCGUUUGAUUCCACCAUUACACCUACAGCACGCCCUGACAGAAUUACACACCAUCUAUGGAAUCAGCAGGAGCCGAAGCAGCCCAGACGAGACUGGAGGCCCAGGUUCGGGACCAACAAGAUCAGCUCCUGCAGAUGGGGACCGCCCUGCAGGAGGUGAUUUCCACCCUCCGAGGCUGGGGUACGCCUCCACCGCCUCCGCCCUGCCAGCACCAUCGGCCAGCCCGCCCAUUCCAGCGCCGGAACCUCGGAGGAGUCCGACUAUCUCUCCGAGGGCCUACGACGGAACCGCGGCUGGGUGUCAGGAUUCCUACUCCAGGUGGAGCUAUACCUGGCCACAGUGCACCGGCACCUUCAGGGCAUGAGAGCGUGUCCGCCCUGAUCUCCUGCCUGGCGGAAAAGCGUUGGAGUGGGCCAACGCGGAAGUGGAGGAAGAUCGACGCCACGACGAUUACUUACAACCGAGUUCUCCCGCCGCUUCAGGGCCGGUGUUUGACCAUCCCCCGGAGGGAAAGCGGCGGGGGGGAGCGUCCUGGUCUUCCUCCGGCAGGGGGAGGAGAGUGCCCCAGGAUUCGAGCUCGAAUUCGCUACUCUAGCGGCAGAUGCAGGGUGGGAAUGAUCGGGCCCUCAUCGAUCUAUACAGAUGUAGCCCUACGAGAGGACGUCCGUCUAGGGAGAUGGCUUCGUAGGGACACCAGCCUCUCUUUCGACCAGCUGGUUGACAUGUCCAUCAGGCUGGAUAACCUACUGGCUACCCCGCGACGUCCUGCGGGAGGGGUCCGUCCAUUUCACCCUCCAGCGCCUCCGAGCCGUGUCCUAUGGAGCUCGGGGCGCUGGCGUUAGAGUGGAGGAGGAGUCGGCGGCUAGGGGGUCCAUCCACUGCACCAACUGUGGUCGGGGGGGGCGGACACACCGCGGCUAGGUGCUGGGGAUGGCCUCCUAGGGGAGAUGACGACAGGUCCCGCACUGGGGAUUCCCUCCAGGUGAGUAGGCCGCCCCACUCACCCAGAGCUCACUGUUGCCCAUUUUUGUAUGCCUGUACGUUUUCCACAGGUAGCCACCUCAUUCCCAGCAUAAGGCGCUGGCAGAUUCAGGCGCGGCUGGGAAUUUUAUUGAUAAAAGUUUGUUUUAGCGUUAGGGAUUCCCCUCAUUUCCUGUUGAUGUUCCUUUUCCCGUUCACGCCCUAGAUAGUCGUCCGUGGGUACGGGCUUAAUUCAGGGAGGUCACGGCGCCACUUAGGAUGUGGGCGCAGGGGGAUCAUCAGGAGAUGAUUCAGCUGUUCCUGAUUGACUCUCCUGCGUAUCCGGUGGUGCUGGGCAUGCCCUGGUUGAGUACCCAUAACCCAGCUAUUUCGUGGCAGGAGGAGGGCUCUGAUGGAGUGGUCUGCUCAGUGUGUGGGUAGAUGUUUGGGCGUUUCCGUAGGGGCUACUCGGUGGAGAGUCCAAACCAGGUGCCCGCAUUGCACGUUCCACCUGAGUAUGGGGAUUUGGCUAUUGCGUUUAGUAAGGCGAGGGCGACGCGGUUGCCACCCCAUAGGCAGGGAGAUUGUGCGAUAGACCUCCAGGCAGAGCUGCGCUCCCACGGAGCCAUGUGUAUCCUCUGUCUCAGGAGGAGAAGAAAGCUAUGGAGAUUUACAUAGACGAAUCGCUGAGACAAGGAUACAUACGGCCUUCCACUUCCCCUGCGUCCUCGAGUUUCUUUUUCGUGAAGAAAAAGGAUGGUGGUUUGCGCCCGUGCAUCGAUUACCGUGGGUCUCAAUCAGAUUACGGUGAAGUAUAGUUAUCCACUCCCGCUGAUUGCGACCAUGACUGAGUCGUGCAUGGGGCGCGUUUCUUCACGAAAUUAGAUCUCAGGAGCGUGUACAACUUGGUGCGCAUCAGGGAGGGUGAUGAAUGGAAAACAGCCUUUAGUACCACCUCGGGCCCAUUACGAGUAUCUGGUCAUGGCAUACGGGUUGAUGAACGCUCCGUCAGUUUUCCAAUCAUUUGUGGAUGAGAUCUUCAGGGACAUGCAGGGGCAAGGGGGGUGGUGGUUGUACAUUGAUGACAUUCUCGUGUACUCACCUACCCGUGUCGAGCAUGUGGCCUGGGUGCGUAGAGUGUUGCGGAGGCUGGUGGAGCACGACCUGUAUGUGAAGGCAGAGAAGGGUCUGUUUUUCCAGGAGUCGGUCUCCUUUUUGGGUUUAUCAGUUGUCUGCGGUCAGGGGUGAAGAUGGAGGUUUAGACCGGGUGUCGGCCGUGCGUUAAUUGGCAAAACAACCAAACCACUGUGAAGGGGUGGUGCAGCAGCUUUUUGGGGUGCAAAACUACAGGAGUGUUAUCCGGUUUUUUGGGAAGGUGGCGCUCCCAUCACGUCUCGGUUGAUUGAAGGAGGGGUGUCCGAGAUGGUCCUGCAGCGGUCGGCAGACCGGCGGAAGUGGCGUUGUGGGGAGCGGCAGGACAUGUUACCCUAGGCCACGGUGCUGCGCGCAGGUCUCCGGAUGCCCUCUUUUGCCGUUCCAGGCUAGAGGUGCGAGCCCGCCCGUCCGCGAGGGACGUGCGGGUUAGGAGCGAUGUGCUUUCAAAAACGGCUGGCGCGCCACCCUAAAAUCCAGCCCCUGUGCCUGUUUAUCUAGAAGCUCAGUCGGCGGGAGACGGAAAUUGAGUAGGGGACAGGGAGCUUGUAGCCGUGGUACAGUCUCUAAAGGUGGACGGGCACUGGCUUGAGGGUGGCUCAAACCCUUCAUCAUUUUGACGGACAACGUACCCUGCGAGUUACGUCCCCGGGCGGCGACGGCGUGUGAACCCUUGCCAGCAAGAGGGAGAUAGGUUCUGACCAGUUUACUUUAAGAUCACGUACACCCCUGGGUCCACAGAAUGGCAAGGGCACGAAAUGCGGCUGUUCUCGGCAGGUUUAUGACACGGAGGAGAGGUCGUGGUACCCCAAUCCCAUAAUGCCUGGAGUCAGUUGUUCGGUUGGCACCACGGUACUGUGUGGCGAGGUCCGUAUGCUCGAACUCGGAGCGCGAGUGCAGUUACGCACGACCAUAGGCCAACCACAGUGGCCCGGAGGGUCGGCCGUGGGUACGUUCCGCUCGGGGUUAGGGAUUCGAUUCGAUAUAUUGGGAUCUACACGUUCACCUCUCUUGACAUCGGGUAUCCGGCCACGGGACCGGACAGUGCACUGUUAUUAGUACAAGUACCGGGUUGGCCACGUUCUGGCAAGGGAGUGGGGUAGUUUCCUUCCCCUGUCGUCGGCUGUGAGCCGUGUACAGCGCCUAGAAUCUACUCAGGGAAGUUUGCUACCUGCCCGUUCCCACGACCAGGUCCACUCUCAGGGACUUAUAACAGACCUUCCCCCUCUACCAAGGGAAAUAACUACCCAUCCCUGGGUCGUUGGGGUUAAGGUUAUUAAGCCUGGGUUUGAUCCCCAUGACGGGUCUUGUCACAGCCUACAACUGCCGAGGCACUGUGGCACCAUGUGUUUCGGCACUACUGGGUACCCGGGACAGUCAUGCUUGGCUGAUAGGGGUCAACCAAUCACUCCUCAAGAGUCCGAGAGCGUUAUGAGCGGUUGGGGUCUCGGUGAGCCUCACCUCGGGGUACCACCCGCGAGACGUAAUGGGCAGUGAACGCGUUGUGUAAACCAGGACGUGGGGAUUAGGUUCUUCCCAGCAAAACAUACUGCCAGGGAGCCGGACCCACGGAGAGGAGUGGUCAAGUACGUUCCCGGGGCCCCGAGACCUGGCCCAGUGAUCCCUACCCGCAUGCCCUCCACAACCUAAAUCCAUUGCAAGGGGUAGGUACCAGCCGGUCUUGGGACACCCUGGCAGGAGAGCCCAGAUCACCGAGUGCCGCCUGCGGUGGAUCGAGGGAGGCGCGGCGAUCGGAGGCGGAGACUGUGAAGCUGACACACGUCCCACCGGAGAGGGUGGGCCUCCGACGUUCAGAAGGGAGACGCGCUGAUCUCCACCGGCAGUGAGCGCAGGUGUCACGCACGCUACCUGUGAUCGAGUAUGGCCUCGCUACCACGGAAACAUGCCCUCAGAAUGGAACCGGAGGGAAAACCUGGUGGGACGGUUUUUAGUUAGGGCUCACUUUUUACAAGUUGCAUCUGAAGGAAGGCGUUGCUUGCCAACGAGCGUGGGUAUGUUAUAGAUGGACAGAUACCGGUGGAGCUAUAAAGUGUGUUCACCCCUUCCCCGAUGUUCCCUUCCAGGCCGGGUGUAGCGGGCCCACUCCAGCCAAAAAGAGAUCUUGGAGAACAUCCUCCGCCCACGGUCCGGACCAAAUCGAGGGGAUUCCCGGGCACCGGAGUACUACGUGCCGAUUACAAUUCUUGGACAUUCGAGACGUCGGAGGGGGGGGGUUCUCCAUGUAAUUAGUGGAUGUGGGAUGGGGGUAACGGUCCGAAGGGCGGGCUGGGUGCAGAGGGAGAGACGUUUGGGGGACCCCCCCGUCGCUCCGACGGAUUCCUACGGGGGAAGCCGCAGAGCCAUUCAGCGUUCCCAAUCCUGGUCGUCCCCCGGACCGGCCGGAGCAGUCGCGCACGUCGGAGCGCGAGUCAAGGGGGAGUACGGGGUACACUGUAACGUGGUUUCGGCGAGGCUGUCAGUCUAUCACUCCCGCGUUGGUUCGGGAUAGUUUCAGGCGGCGUUAGUCGUCGACGGAAUUAUAGAUGCUAACACCGCUCGUAUGUUCUAAUGUCUCGUCCUUGCCUUUGUUGGUUUUGUUUCCAAAACUGUUAUGUUUUGGAGUUAAGAGUGGCUCCUAUAAGUUCAUCUCGUGGUAGAUUGUGGGGGUCUGGUUGUGUGAGUAUUUUACGUAGUUGUGUGUAUUGCUCUUGUUGAGGCUCUCUCACUAAUCGGCCCAUGAGGUAUUCCAUUAGCUCCAUGUAGUAGAGUGGAUAUCCGCUACCGGUGUGCGCGGUUACCAUUUUGUCGCUCUGUUUGUGCGCGGUACAUUUGUUCGCACCUGUUGUGCGAUGUUUCUGUUCGGCCGUUGUGUCGUAAUUUUCGCUUCGGGCAAAGUGUCCUUUUUGCAGUUGAGGCAGUAGAGUAUACAAGAGAUUGAAUAUUCUCCGAGUCCUGCCAGUUGAUUCCCACCAUUACACCUACAAGCACGCCCGCCUGACAAAAACCACUUUUGAAUUUGCAAUUGGUUUAGGAGGUCAGUACAUAAGGGUAUAAUCCUUCAUGCAUUCCCGUAGUGAGCCCAUAUUGCUGCACGACUUCCUCCGAAGCUGUCCUCCCUUGUUCGGGCAGGCCGGCGUUCGUCGUCAACGGCCUCUAGCCACUGCCGCUCCUCAUAUCUUUCUUCUGUCAUUUGUUGUAUGUUUUAGUACACACCCCGGUGCAUAUUCCCACUCAUAAGUACAUGUACAAGUGUUCACUCUGCCCCCUUGGUCUUUGUGUGUGAUUUGUUGAUUGUAGAGGAGAUUAUAGCGCGGGGAUCUUGAUUCUAUGUGUAUUGUGGGUUAUACACCCGUCUGCCGUUAUUUCCCAAGGCGCCGUUUUCCAGCCACUGGGAUGUAUUAGCAUUGAUACGUACCCUGUUUAUGAUUAAACCAUGCAAUUCCGUGAUUUCCUAUCUGCGUCUGAGCGCUCGUCUCCAACGCACGUACAAUGUGCAGGAAUAAAUAAUAAAAACUCGUUGGCAAAAAAGUCCAGUUAACUAUGACAACUUGCUCCCUCUAAUGCCUAGAAUAGGCAUAAAGCAUGUCAUAGUGCGUAUACAUUACAGUAUGUAGGGAGAACUACUUAGAUGCUGAAGAGAACUGAUUUAAAGUGAAUAUGAGAAUGCAAGUAACCUGAAAGCUGAUUGAAUGUUCAGGGUCAGUUCCUAAUUACCCAUCCAACGUGGCUUCAAUGUGAGUGUACAAGACAGCUGCUUUAAACUGAGCAUUCUUGUCAGAUGGAUGAUUUUACAAAUAAACAUUGGAAGCUAAGAGAUCAGCCAUCUUUGAUUCAUAGGAUCGUGCACAUGACAAUAAAAAGAAUUGAGUAAAUAGCUUUGGUAAUGUGAUUUUUUAAGAAAUCUGUAUUGGACUGUCCAUAGCAGAUGAAACUCAUACUCCUAUUUCUUAUGUAAUAAGGGCUUCAUUAAUGAAAUGAAAUUGCGAUAUUGCUAUGAAUUAGUUAUCAAUUAACGCGAACACAGAGCUGGUCGCGACCUAGCCAAUGACCAGUAUUGUCCCCCACGAUCCGUCGUCGUAAGCUAACCGUGACCAAGGCGGUAAGAUGAUAGGAGUAAAUUUUAUGAGAACUUAACCCCAAACACAAAAAUACGAUCAGUUCAAAGGUUCACCAACAACAAACCAUAAAAGAUCAAGAUCCCACAAUAAUGUGCCAACCGGCUGGACUAAGUAUGUUUCGCCAGAGCAGAGGAAGAGACAACGAGCAACAGCUGCCUCUGACGGGACCACCGGCCAACAUAGAUCUAAACGAUCUAGAAUAAACACAUAGAAACUAAACCAAGCAUAGAAACUAACACCUGGCCCUCCAACAUAAAAGAGCACCAGCCCCGGGCCGUGACCUGUGUACCAAACCACCAACAGGCUCAGGACUCCGCGGACCGCGGCCAACUAAACCAAACAGGGGAGGGGGCAGGGUGGGCAUCUGCCGCGGCAGGUCAGUCCGGCUGCCGCUCGGGCGCGGAAACACACUCUCUACUCGCCCUCGUGGUAUGGCACUGCUGACGGAGCGGCCGGGAUGAAACACCGGUGGAGAGCGGAUUUGCUAUGGCUCGGCGUCUGGAGAAGUCGACGGCGCAGGACCAGGCACAGGGGAACAGGACGGACAGUGCCGGACUGACGACACGGCCCACCACAAUGAUGGGGUGAGGGGAGCGAGAGAAGGGCCGACCGGCGAUGACGAGACGCACCACGGCUUGGAGUGCGGGGGGGGGAGCAGGAACGGGCCGGAACGGGCUGACGAAAAUGCGCAACACUGGCUUGGUCGGGGGAGAAGAUAGGAAAAGCGCCGAAACAGGCGGCUGGCGACGAGCACCAUGGCUGGUGCGGGGAGCAGGAACAGCAGGCCGGCCAGCUGGAUGACGGCCACAAGGCUUGUGUGCGGGGACAGCGGAACAGGCAGGGCCGGGCGGCGAAGCGCACCACUGGCUGGUGCGUCGGGGAGGGGAGCUAGGCCCCAGGAAAAAGGCCAGGACCGGGGCUGGCGACGCGCACCACAGGCUUGGGCGAGGGCAGUUUUAACCCCCCCUUUUUUCCCCCCCCCCCUUCGUAAACCACCUUUUGGGGGCCCCCCCCCCACCCCUUCCGGGCCCCCCCCCCACCCCCCCCCCCCCCCCGAACCCCUUUUCCCCCCUUUUCUUUAGAUUUCUUCCAUUUGGGGCCCCUCAAAACCUCUCUCUAAACUGGUUACUGUAUAUUUCCCUCACAUCAUUGCCACGUGUGAACUUUUAGUUGUUGUGUUCAAUGGUGACCCCUUGCUCAAAUUGGGGGUUUUUUGAUUUUGUCCCUGGCUACCAUUACAGCACGGGUGCACAAAAUGAAAUGUGUUGGCCCAAUUUGUCAAAACCCAGGAAAAUGCUUAUGGUUUUUCCCAAAAGAGUGAUUGAUUAAAUCAGGGGUUUUCGGAAACUGGCAUUUGGUUCGACAAUAGGUUUGUUUUUUUAGCAAUUGAGAAAAACUUUAUAAAUAUAGAAAAAAAUUUGGUCGUAUACCUAAAUUGCGUACUCUUCUCUUUCUAUAGGCCCCUGUCCUGAGGGUUUGGGGGAGAAUCGAUGUAGCUGUUAUGACUUCUCUAAAAACGUAAAACUUGGGGGAAAAGGGCAAAAAACUAAAGGGAAAGGAGCGACGGGUUCUAAACAGCAAGAGGACUUUUGUGUUUUGGUGCGAGAGGGGAGAGAAGAGAAGAGAGAGAGAGAGAGGAGAGAAGAAGAAGAGAGAAGAUUAUGGAGAAGAAGAGGGGAAAUCCUAGAGAUAAAAUAUCAGCCCCGUUUAAAAUGUUUUUUUUUUUUCCCCUUCUCCCCCGUUCUCUCUCGGCUCUAUCCCUCUCUCUUUCUCUCUCUUUUUCCCCUCCACCCCUCCCUCUCCUCUCUUCCCCUCUCUUCCUUUCUCUCUCCUCUCCCCCCUUCCCUUUGUUUUGAAAAUUUUUCUAAACUUGGGGAAAAAAUGUUUUUUCGGGUUUUGGUUUUAAACGACUCAAAAGGAAGGGAUCGGAAAUGGGGGGAGGGAAAAACCCCCCACCCAACACGUGAGAAAAAGGCAAAAACUACAAUUCAAUGCAGCGGCACUAAACCAAAACACUUUUUUUUUUUUUUUCCUCCUGGGUUGAUGAAAACGGGGCUGGUUGUUCUUAUUUUUCUUUUAAAGAAAGGAGAGCCAAAUAAUGCCCAGGGGGAUGAGAAACUGUGCAGUCUUCAACAGCUUCAGCGAUAACCUGGGAAAUAUACAAUCAUGGAAUGACCAGCCUUGCUCAUUGCUUAUCCAUUGGGUAUGCAACUACACACCUAAAGUGUCCUCCUAAUAGGCAUACACAUCAUGAUGGCAUCUGCCCGCAGGAGAAAUACUGAAUUCCAUUGCAAAAAAAAACUAAGCAGUGCAUCUCCUACAAGUUGAUGCUGACAAGGCCUGCCAGGAAAAACGGAUGACCCAUAACACAUGUAAAAAAGGCCCAGUAAUUAGCUAACGAUUAAAAUUAAUGAAAGUUAAAAUUGAAUCGCCAAUUUGUAAGUCGCUCUGGAUAAGAGCGUCUGCUAAAUGACGAAAAUGUAAAUUUAAAUCUACGUCAGUCGUUAAUUCUUCAAGUCGGCUGUUUUGGCAUGUGUUUUGGAUAAUCUGAAUACCCUUUUGAAUUUGCAAUUACGUUUAGAUUUGCUCUGACAUUAAGGUUAAUCCUUCCUGCAUUUCAGUAGUAGCACAUAUUGCUGUCACGACUUCCUCCGAAGCUACCUCCUCUCCUUGUUCGGCCAGGCUUCGGCGUUCGUCGUCACCGGCCUUCUAGCCACUGCCGCUCCUCAUAUCUUCAUUCCAUUUGUUUUGUCUUGUUUAUUACACACACCUGGUUCAUAUCCCCUCAUCAGUACCUGUACAAGUGUUCCAUCUGGCCCCUGGUCUUUGUGUGUGAUUGUUUAUUGUAGAGGAGAUUAUAGCUCGGUGGAUCUUGAUUCUAUUGUGUAUCGCUGGGUUAUUCACCCGUCUGCCAUUAUUUCCCCAGUGCGCCGUUUGUCCGCACUGGUGUGUAUUACGCAUUGCUGCGUAGCUCUGUUUAUUGAUUAAACAAUUUAUUCCGUGAUUUCCUCUCCUGCGUCUGACGCCGUCCAACAUCCCCCGCUACAAUUGCAGAAUAAAUUAAUAAAACUCUUUGCAAAACAUUCCAGUUAACUAUGACUAACAUGCUCCCUCUAAUGCCUAGAAAGGCAUAUAGAAGGUCAUAGUGCAGAACAUUAAAGUAUUAGGUAGAAUUACUUAAGAUUGCUGAAGAGAAUUGAUUAAAUUGUAAUAUGAGAAUGCAAGUAAGCUGAAAGCUGAUGUGACAUGUAGGUUCAGUCAUAAUCUAACCAUCCAACAGUGGCUUCAACUGUGAACAAGACAGCUGCUUUAAACUGAGCAUUUCUUUGUCAGAUGGAAUGAUUUUACAAAUAAACAUUUUGGAAGCUAAGAGAUCAGCCAUCUUUGAAUUUAUAGUAUCGUGCACACUGACAAUAAAAGUAUUGAUAAUUCUAGCUUUGUUCAUGUGCUUUUUUUAGAAAUCUGUAUUGUAUUGUCAUAGUAGCAUACACUCAUACUCAAUAUUUUCUAUGUAAUAAUGUCACUUAAUGAAAUUGCGAUAUUCUAUGAAUAGCUAUAAUUAAGCGAACCAGAGCUUGGUCAGCGACCUAGCCACUGACCAUUCUUGUCACGAUCGUCGUAAGAACCGGACCAAGGCGCAGCGUGAUAGGCGUACAUCUUUUAAUGAGUACUUUAACACCAACAACAAAACGAUACAUCUAAAGGUUCACCAACACAAACCUAUACAGAUCAAGAUCCCACAAUUAACUGUGCCAAACAGGCUGCCUAAGUAUGGUUCCCAAUCAGAGACAACGAGCAACAGCUGCCUCUGAUCGGGAACCACCCUGGCCAACAUAGAUCUAAACGAUCUAGAAUAAACACAUAGAAACUACAACAUAAAAACUAACACCCUGGCUCAACAUAAAAUAGUCCCCAGAGCCAGGGCGUGACAGUACCCCCCCCCCCCCAAAGGCGCGGACUGCGACCGCGCCAACUAAACCCAACAGUGGAGGGGCCGGGUGGGCAUUCCGCCUCGGAGGCGGAUCCGGCUCCGGGCGUGACCACCACUCUCUCUCGCCCUCGUGGUCUGGCCCUGCUGGCCGAAGCUGGACUGAACACCGGUGGAGCGGAUUGCUCUGGCUCCGGCGUGGAGCAGCUGACCGGUGCCAGACCAGGCACAGGUGGAACAGGCACGGACCGUGCCGGACUGACGACGCGCACCACUGGCUUGGUGUGGGGAGCGGGAAUGGGCCGGACCGGGCUGAUGAUGCGCACCACUGGCUUGGUGCAGGGAGCAGGAACGGGCCGGACCGGGCUGACGACGCGCACCACUGGCUUGGUGCGGGGAGCAGGAACAGGCCGAACCGGGCUGGCGACGCGCACCACUGGCUUGGUGCGGGGAGCAGGAACAGGCCGCACCGGGCUGGUGACACGCACCACAGGCUUGGUGCGAGGGACAGGAACAGGCCGGGCCGGGCUGGCGACGCGCACCACUGGCUUGGUGCGGGGAGCAGGAACAGGCCGGACCGGGCUGGCGACGCGCAACACAGGCUUGGUGCGAGGAGCAGGAACAGACCGGACCGGGCUGGCGACGCGCACCACAGGCUUGGUGCGAGGGGCAGGAACAGGCCGGACCGGGCUGGGAACACACACCACUGGCCUUGUGCGGGGAUCAGGAACGGGCCGGACCGGACUGGUAACACACCCCAGUACCUCUCGCCGUGCCUCUACACUCUCCCUCCCCCUCAUGACCAAUGGCCCCCGUAACCUAGUGGCCUCCUCUCCUAGUCCACAAACUCGCCCUGUAGCUGCCUCCAGCAGCCCCGUCGUCCAUGCCGUGUGCCCCCCCAACAUUUUUUAUUGGGGUUGCCUCUCGCCUGUCCGACGACGGCACGGUUGGUGCUGUACCUCCUCUCUCGUCAGGGCUUUAACUUUUGCCCAUGGCCCUUUACCCGCGAACAUGUCCUCCCAAGACCACCAUUCGCCCUCCUGGGACAUCGCCAACUUCUCCAGUUCCUUUCCCGGUGUCUGCUCCUGAACACGCUGCUUGGUCCUUCUUUGGUGGGAUCUUCUGUCACGAUCGUCAUAAGAGGCAGACCAAGGCACAGCGUGAUAUGCGUACAUCUUUUAAUGAGUACUUAAUACAUGAACAACAAAACGAUACGUGAAGUCUACAGGUUCACCAACACAAACCUAUACAGAACAAUAUCCCACAAAUAACUGUGCAAAACAGGCUGCCUAAGUAUGGAUCCCAAUCAGAGACAACGAGCAACAGCUGCCUCUGAUCGGGAACCACCCUGGCCAACAUAGAUCUAAACGAUCUAGAAUAAACACAUAGAAACUACAACAUAAAAACUAACACCCUGGCUCAACAUUAAAGAGUCCCCAGAGUCAGGGCGUGACAAUUCUUGACCAUUUUCCCUAUGGAUCCCAGGCUAGAGCCAAUCCAUGUGUGUGUCUAUUCUGAAUACAAUAUAGAAAUUGUCCAGUAUUUUAUUCACCUCAAUUGAACAAAAUACAAUUAUGUUUCUUUACAUGAAUAUUAGGGAAAAUAAAUCUCUCUCUCUCUCGCUCUCUCUCUCUCUCUCUCUCUCUCUCUCUCUCUCUCUCUCUCUCUCUCUCUCUCUCUCUCUCUCUCUCUCAUACAUAGAGUGCAUACACACGUUUGUCACCUCAUUUCAAUUUGGGCUCUGGACUGAAUUCAUUCUCAGAGCAUCAGUGA